AUGAACUCUGUAAAGAGGUCGUUGGCACUCUCUGCUUCAUUUUCAUUAUCAUCAUUUAAAUUAAAUUCACAUAGGUCGUCUACUACGAUUAUUUCCCCUCCAUCAUCAUCAUCAUCAUCAUCAUCAAUAAGAUAUUAUACAUCUUCAUCGUCAUCGGAAGAACCAACAAGUACAAAACGUACUGCUCAAGCAAAAUGGUUAAACUUUGAAGCUUUGAAAAGAGCAACUUUAACAAGAACAACAAAUGAACAAACAACAUCAAAACAAAACAAUAAUAAUAAUAGACAACAUAAUUAUCAACAAGAAAGACAAUACAAUAAUGCUAAACAGAAACGUGAAAAGAUUAUGGAUCAAAAAAAGACAAUCAUGGAAUCAUUCAAUCCUUUUAGACAUAUCCUAUUUCUCUAUGUUGCCUAUGAAAUUGCUAAAAUUGACCUGGAAGUAGUGUCGGGUGUUAUUGGUUAUCUACUUGGAUUAAUCAAAAGUGAUGCACUCAGUUCUGGGAAACUAUCACUUGAUGUGCUCCCAUUAACUAUAUUAUUAAAGGAUGUGUUUUUAUCACCACCACCUACAGUACAACGAACAACAAUGACAACAAACUAUGGAACUAUUUUGGAUAUUAUAGAGAGUUUGGUAGUGAAUCAUCUCGCUACAGUAAAGAGGAUUGAAUUGGCAUUUGUUCAACAAAACCCAAAGAUGGAUCAAAACGUCACAGAGUAUGGGUUGUUGGGUGUAACUGCAAUGUGUUCACAUAUUGUCGCCAAGAAACUCAUCAACCCAAAAGAAUACUCUAAAAUGCCGAUUGACAAGAUGGUUCGUUUGGCAAGUGCCCCUCAAAUACCAUUCGCCGUCAGAACCUACAUCAUUCACAGUAUUGUGGAAUUGGCCACCAAAGGAGACGCAGUGGUCAAGAUACGUUUGGUCAAUGCCGGUGCCAUCCCAUUGCUAGAGUUUAUGGCAUCGUUUCCAAGCCGAUACAAUAGAGACUAUAAACAUGCAUGUCGUCUGCUCAGUAGAUCGGGGUUGGCCAAUCGAAAGUUUUUGAAUCAAUCCAAUGUUGUCGAACAAGAAUUCCAAAUCAUGACCAAGUACAAUAACGACAACCCAAAGACUGACUUGUUUCAAGGUCGUUGGAUUUCAACUAAUUCCAUGUUGGCAUACCAAAGUGACUUCUUUGUCGGGCUCAUUUAUGGUACUCUCAAGAUGAUGAGUUUUAGUGGAGGUAUAUUUACUGGUGUGAUUGGUGGUAUCGUAUUACCAACAGCAAUCGAGGAAGCAAGUAGAAAGUAUGCAUUUGAUAAAACACCCAGAGUACCAGGACAAACACAACCCAAUUGGAAAGAUGUAUUGUUGGUCUAUUCAAUCUAUCCAGCCUAUCUAGUUGCCAAAAUCAUUUUGAAACCACUCACAACUGCAUGGAUUGCAGCUACCCUUUUAUCAAUGUUUGAUAACACUUGUUUCGUCGUUCAUAGUAAAUACAAUGUAAACUAUUAUACCAAAGCUCCAACCAUCAAUAAUAUUCCAAAACAACAACAACAAUAA